CCUUUCGUUUGAAUUCAACAAACUUAAAUCAUGGAUAAAGCCACCGAGUCAAGCAAUUCUGUGAUAACUUCUACACAUUCUAACAACGAUGAUUUCCAGGAAAAUCGGUUUACGACACCAUUUGUCGAACCCUCCAUUGGGAACAUCAGUUCUAGGAACAUUUCGGAAAAUGUGCACCCCCAAACUCCGCCAUCCUCAUACACUCUGGCCAGUACAAAUGAUUUUGAAGAGGAUGCACCAUUACUAGAUCUAAAGAAAGAAGAAAAUAUGCAUAAUGAUGCUGAGGAAUCGUCUACCUUAAAAGGCAAUUUUGAUAGCUGUGUUCAAAUGGAACAAUCAGAAAAAGUCCACAUGUUACUUGGUGAAUCUUAUUCAAAUGCAAAAAAUGUAGACUCUGACAUCAUAGACCAAGAACGACAAAGAUUGAUCUACAAAGUCAGUCAGAGACCUCCUCUCUCACUUCUUCUUUUCUUUGGCCUUCAGCAAUGUCUGAUUGUUCUACCAUCAAUAGUAAAAGCAACCAUGUUGGUGGCCGAGGUGAUGUGUGCAAGAGACGAGGAGGAAUUCAAAGUCCAGCUCAUGUCUAUGAGUCUCCUUAUGUCUGGAAUGUGUACAUUUCUACAAAAUAGCAUUGGCUUCAGGGUUCCGGUUUAUCAAGGCCCGGUCUCGAUGUACAUUCUUCCAUUACUGGCUAUUCUAAAUCUUCCCCAAUACGCAUGCCCGGACAGAAGCUCAUUUUAUAAUCAAACAUCGGAUAACAGCACUGAUUUCUAUGGAGAAGAAAUGAGGGCAACAUAUUUCCAAGCUGUUGUAAUCCCAAAGUUUCUAAAAAUAUCUGGGGCCUUGAUUCUGGCAGGCUUUCUCCAUAUGCUGAUUGGCUUGACUGGAACAGUAGGAUUUGUGCUAAGAUUUAUUGGACCAAUCACAGUCAUUCCUACCAUACUCCUCAUGGGGAUCAACACAUACUCUGUGGUGUAUAUGUUUUGUAGCACACAUUGGGGUGUGUCCCUUCUCACAGCCUCUAUAGCUAUUUUACUCUCCAUGUAUUUGGAUCGCUAUAACAUGCCUAUUCCUGUCUGGACGAGAGACAAAGGAUUUUAUAUCAUCAGAUAUCCACUGCAUCAGGUGUUUUCGGUAUUAAUUGCCGGAGCUGUAGGUUGGAUAACGUCAGCAAUACUUACCAGUAUCGGUGUAUUCAGUGACGACCCCAAAAACCCCGAGUUCUACGCAAGAACAGAUUCCAAAAUUGCAGUUGUGGAGAAAAUUCCAUGGCUUGUAUUUCCGUAUCCAGGAAUGUAUGGUACACCGGGGUUCGAUGUGGGUGUGUUUGCAGCUUUCAUCAUUGCAACAAUCACAUCGAUAAUCGAUUCUAUCGCCGAUUAUUAUGCAGUUUCAAGAGUUGUUCGUGUCCCAUCACCACCUGUUCAUGCUAUAAACAGGGGUAUUUUGACAGAAGGUUUCAUGAGCAUGAUGGCAGGAGUCUGGGGAGCAUCGCAUGCAACAUCUACGUACGGUAGUACCAUAGGAUUCAUCGCUCUAACAAAGGUUGCAAGCAGAAAUGUAUUCCAGCUUUUAGGUGUCUUGUUGAUGAUUCUUGGCGUACUAGGAAAGGUCAGCAGCGUCUUCGUAACCAUUCCAUACCCUGUGGUUGGCGGAUUACAGGUAGUGGCAUACGGAUUUUUUAUUGGUCUUGUUUUUGGAAACCUUCAGUAUAUCGACAUGAAUUCUACAAGAAAUCUUGCAAUUAUUGGAAUUUCUAUGUUGUGGGGUCUUGUCAUACCAUACUGGUCAAAACUGAAAGGCGAGGAUGUCAUCAACACAGGUAGUGUAGAUGCUGACAACUUACUGAAGAUGCUUACGAGAAACCCCAAUUUUACUGGAUUUCUUAUCGCCCUCAUUCUGGACAAUACAGUACCGGGAACGUUAAAAGAGCGCGGAAUGACCGUUUGGCAAGCAGCUGACCAGGAAGAUGAAGGAGAGGAUCAAAGCAAUAAUCUAGAGGAGGGGCGAGAGGCGUAUGACAUACCAGCACUAUCGAAAUUUUUUAGGAAAUAUCGAAUUACCGCCUACAUUCCGUUUUUACCAACUUAUAGUCCAAAGAACUCUAAAAAGUCAAAAUGAAAAAGCUUUUCAUUAAACAGAUCUGAACAAAAAAAAAUUAACUGCUUGCCAAAUUGUUUUU